CAAUAUUCAUUGCAGGAACAUGAACAACACUAGGCCUGCUGGUUUGCAACCCGGAGGAAGUGCCUCAAGAUCCCCACAGGAGAGCAUGUCAAAGCCCUCAGAUAGCUCAGAACGGACUUAUCCACUACAAAAAUGGAAGAAGAAGAAAGAAAAAAAAAAGAAACUGAUAGAACUGAAGCUUUCAGAAAUUAACCUUAUAACCCUUUUCAUGAUUCAUGUAUCCUUUGGCUGCAUUCCAUCCUUUCUUACCAUCUAAUAUUACCAUUUCUUAAUAUGUUAUAAGUAAAUGUUAUACUAUAUUCACAUUUACACUUGCACACACACGGUAGGCUAGGAGCUGAGCCCUUGCGUCCCCUUCUCUCCAGUCUCUCUCUGGCAGUCCCCUCAACUGUCACUGCAGUCGGCACCAGAGGUGACAAAGGGCUGAACUGGUUUGGUUUCCUUAGAAGUCUCUUUCUUUCCCUCCCUCUCCCUCCCUCCUUCCCUCUCUCUCCUCCCAUCCCUCCUUUAUGUUUCUUUUCUUCUCUCCUUUUGAUUGUGUCUUGUUGUCUCUUGCUGUGUAAGGGUUGGGUCCACUGUAUGCUGGCUGAGUGCUUUGCCCUUACUACAUCUCCAGCCUUUCCCUUCUUGACUAAGAUUCUGGAGAAGUCUUCACCUACCACACCCUGGAGCAGAAAAUGCUUAUGUAAACCAUUUCAUAACUCUUGGUCUCCAUUUCCUCAUCAGAAAGCAGAGGAAAGUAACUUGAAUUAUUUGAAUGUUCUCCUCAAAUUAAAAAAAAAAAAAAGCCUCAUACCUAUGCACGUGGUCUCGGACCAUUCCCGGUGUGUAGUUCCUGUAGUUUCCUGUCUUGUUCUGAGAUAUGCUUACUAGGUGUGUUAUCCAACUGUGGUGGCAUUACUGUCACUAAAUUUCACACAUGCACAUCCCCCUUCCUUUGUGCAACCUGUGCCUCAGGCCCUGCUGUCAACAUUUCUCUAUGUCCUGCCCAUAGCUGGGCCCCAGAAAUGAGCAACGGCUACUGUCCCAGGGCUUGUUCCCGGGCCAUUAUCAUGUCCCUUCUCACCUCCUUCCCUUUCCUCCUGAGGCCUCUGCACAGGUCGCCCAUCUGCCGUGUUGGCUUUAUUGUAUGCACCUGCAGUUUAACAAAUUCCCUAUGGCUUUGUGGGGCUUUACAGGAAUAACAAAUGCUCUAUAGCCAGGGACCCCACUCAAUACCCUGGCCUCACUUCAGACUCCCUUUCCAUAGCUGGGCGGGGAGGGGGCGAUAAUCGCAUGUCAUCAGUGUCUUGCUACAUCUUUGAGUCCCUUUCCAGGCCUUUGCAGAAGUCUCUUUUUGUUCCCUGAGGGCAUAGAGUCAGGCCCUCUAGAGUGAUUGUGUCCCAUGGGCUGAAGAAAGAACCCUUACCUCACUGCACAUGUGUGUCACAUACUGUCCUGGCAUUGAUUUCUGUCCUCACGGUGUCCUUGCUGCCUUCGCACUAUUACUGUCUCCACCUGCUAGAGGAGGUCACUCACUCAAACAGGUGAUGGAUGUGAUGGAGCCAAGCUGAUGGGUACAGCAGGUUCAUUAGAACAGUCAGCAUGGAGACCAUCUUGGGCUUCACACACUCUCCAAUACCUUUUUCUCCUUACUCUGCUGAAUGAGGUCUCCCCCUCCAGCUCCAGUGCGGGCAGAAAGGAGAGGUUCUGACGGCAUCUGGAUAGUGUACACCCUACUGGAGUCUACUAGAGAAGCCCUUCUGUCUUUGUACAGGAAUGCUUGAACCAAUUCAAAGUGACAAGGACACAGUUGCAGCAGAUCCAAGCCAGUCUUCUGUGCUCCAUGGAACAGGCCCUGAAGGGACAGGACAGUCCCGCCCCUUCUGUCCAGAUGUUGCCCACAUAUAUGGGGUCCAUGCCAAAUGGCACUGAGCAGGGAGACUUCCUGGUAUUGGAGCUGGGGGCUAAAGGAGCCUCGUUGCGUGUGUUGUGGGUGACACUGACAGACACCAAAGAACAGAGUGUGGAGCCCAAGAGCCAGGAGUUCGUGAUUCCUCAAGAGGUGAUGCUAGGUACUGGCGAGCAGCUCUUUGACUUUGCUGCCCACUGCCUGUCUGAAUUCCUGGAUGCACACACCUUGAAGAAUCAGGAUCUGAAGCUUGGGUUCAAUUUCCCUUUUCCUUGUCACCAGAAGGGCUUGGACAGGAGCACCCUCAUUUCCUGGACAAAAGGCUUUAGGUGCAGUGGUGUGGAAGGCCAGGAUGUGGUCCAGCUGCUAAGACAGGCCAUUCAGAGGCAGAAGGCCUACAGUAUUGAUGUGGUGGCCAUGGUGAAUGACACAGUGGGCAUCAUGAUGGACUGUAAAUGUGGCACCAAGCCUUGUGAAGUUGGGCUUAUUGUAGACACUGGCACCAAUGCAUGUUACAUGGAGGAGGCAUGGCACGUGAAAGCUCUGGAUGAGGACCGUGGCCGCACCUGCAUCAACAUCGAGUGGGGCUCCUUCUAUGAUGAGGAGGCCCUCGGGCCAGUCCUGACCACCUUUGACCAUGCCCUGGACCGCGGAUCCCUAGUUCCUGGUGUUCAGAGUUCCCUGUUCCACUGUAGGUUCGAGAAGAUGAUUGGGGGCUUGUACUUGGGUGAACUGGUGAGGCUUGUCCUGGUCCACUUGGCCCAGCAUGGAAUCCUCUUUGGCGGCUGCACUUCUCCUGCCUUACUGAGUCAAGGCAGCAUCCUCCUGGAACAUGUGAUCAAAAUGGAGGACUCCACCACUGGGACAGCCCAGAUCCACGCAGUCCUGCAGGACUUGGGUCUGAGCCCUAGGGCCUCAGAUGUUGAACACGUGCAGCAUGUGUGUGUGGCGGUGUGCACACGGGCUGCCCAGCUCUGUGCGGCUGCCCUGGCUGCAAUCCUAUCCCGUCUCCAGCGCAGCAGGGAGCAGCAGACACUGUGUGUGGCCGUGGCCACUGGAGGGCGAGUGCUUGAAAAACACUCCAGGUUCCACCACACUCUAAAGGAGAUGGUAAGGCUCUUGGUCCCAGAAUGUGAUGUUUCUUUCAUCCCUUCGGUGGAUGAUGGUAGCCGGGGUGUGGCAAUCCUGACAGCUGUGGCUGCCCGCCUGGCUGCCCACAAGCGCAUCCUGGAGGAGACCCUGGCACCAUUUCGGCUGAGCUUCGAGCAGCUGAAAAUGGUGCAGGCAGAGAUGCGGACAGCUAUGAUCAAGGGGCUUCAAGGAGAGGCCUCCUCCCUCCGCAUGCUGCCCACUUACGUACGAGCCACACCUGAUGGCAGUGAGCGAGGUGAUUUCCUGGCCUUGGACCUAGGGGGCACCAACUUCCGGGUCCUGUUGGUACGUGUGGCUGAGGGCAGUGUGCAGAUCACCAACCAGAUCUACUCUAUCCCUGAGUAUGCAGCCCAGGGCUCUGGACAGCAGCUCUUUGAUCAUAUUGUGGACUGCAUUGUGGAUUUCGAGCAGAGUCAGGGCCUGAGUGGACAGAGCCUACCCAUGGGAUUCACCUUUUCCUUUCCAUGCAAGCAGCUUGGUCUGGACCAGGCCAUUCUCCUGAACUGGACUAAGGGGUUCAGUGCAUCAGGCUGCGAGGGCCAAGACGUGGUAUAUCUAUUACGGGAAGCCAUUAGACGCAGACAGGCAGUGGACCUGAAUGUGGUUGCCAUUGUCAAUGACACUGUGGGGACCAUGAUGUCCUGUGGCUAUGAUGAUCCCCGUUGUGAGAUAGGCCUCAUUGUCGGAACGGGUACCAACGCCUGCUAUAUGGAAGAGCUCGAGAAUGUGACAAGUGUGCCUGGGAACUCGGGCCACAUGUGCAUCAACAUGGAGUGGGGUGCCUUUGGGGACGAUGGCUCACUGGGCAUGUUCCUCACCAGCUUUGAUGAUAGUGUGGACCAGGCAUCCAUCAAUCCAGGCAAACAGAGGUUUGAGAAGAUGAUCAGCGGCAUGUACCUGGGGGAGAUCGUCCGCCACAUCCUCCUGCAUCUAACAGGUCUCGGCGUUCUCUUCCGGGGCGAGAUGACUCAAAGCCUUCAGACCAAGGACAUCUUCAAGACCAAAUUUCUCUCGGAGAUUGAAAGUGGCAGCCUGGCCCUGCGUCAGGUCCGAGCCAUCCUGGAAGAUCUGGGGUUGCCCCUGACCUCUGACGAUGCCCUGAUGGUCCUAGAGGUGUGCCAGGCUGUGUCCCAGAGGGCUGCCCAACUCUGUGGGGCAGGUGUGGCUGCGGUGGUGGAAAAGAUGCGGGAGAACCGGGGCCUGCAGGAGCUGACAGUGUCCGUGGGUGUAGAUGGGACACUCUACAAAUUACACCCUCACUUCUCCAAGCUGGUGUCAGCUACAGUUCAGAAGCUAGCCCCUCACUGCAAGGUCACCUUUUUGCAAUCAGAGGAUGGGUCUGGUAAAGGUGCAGCUUUGGUCACUGCUGUUGCCUGUCGCCUUGCCGAGAAGGCCAGCGCCUGAGGGAAUAUCUGGGAACGAUGGGGUCUCACCAGAAUGAGACCUCAGCCUAGCCUGAUCCCCUAGCAGGCCCAGCCACCCGUGACGCCCCCAAAGCAAGCCAUGUGUGACUCCCUUAUAAACAUCUGUCCACACCCAAUGGCUGAGAGAAGUAACACUCUGGUUAGCAAUAUAUAUAUAUAAUUUAUUUACA